GUACUAUAAGAAGGGGCCGUGCCCCUCCGCUACUCUCACCGUGAUUCUGUCGCUUUGGUAAAAAAAGUCUACUUCUUCUUUCCUGUUUUUCGGAUUUCAAUUUCGUUAGGGUUUCUGUUUCCACAGCGAUGGCCGAAUCUGACGCCCAAAUCAACCAAACUGAGCAAGAGGUGAAGGGGGAGGUGGAGAAACUGCAGUACCUGGAGAUCGUGCAUCUGGCUGCGAUCAGGGCGGUUCUGUGCGUUACGACCCUGUACUUGUACGCAAAGGAGAAUUCCGGGCCCCUCAGAAAUGGCGUCGAGAGCGUAGAAGGCACCGUCAAGACCGUCGUUGGCCCUCUCUACGAUCGCUACCAUGGUUUCCCCUUCGAACUCCUCAAGAUCGCUGAUCGCAAGGUCGGCGCGUCGGUUCAGGAGUUGGAGCGGCACGUGCCGGAAGGGGUAAAGAAGGCGCCGGAUAUGGCCAGAUCGGUGGUCGGCGAGGUCCAGCGAGCCGGAGUGGUGGCGACGGCUGCCGGUCUGGCAAAGGCUGCUUGUUUCCGUGCCGAACCGGCGGCGGAGCGCCUGGCAGCGUCGGCGUGGAGGUCACUGAAUCGUCUACCUGUCUUCCCUCAGGUGGCUAGCGCGGUGGUUCCAGCCGCCGCCGGCCUGUCGGAACGUUACAACCGCGCGGUAUCGUGCGCCGCGGAGAAGGGUUACGCUGUCUCCGCCUAUCUGCCUCUCGUUCCCACCGAGCGUAUCGCCAAAGUCUUUGACGUGGCGGUCGCCGAGUGAUUUCGACGGCUGUGAUUAUCCCGUGUCUUGAAUGGACGGUUAUGAUGAAUGUUUUUUUUUUUAUCUAGUUGUGCUGUUUUGGGUACCGUUUUUUAUGUGAAAGUCGUUUGGAGCCGCGUGGGAAGUAAUUAUGUACAUUAUAUGCGCUAUUAUUGCCAUUGUUGCUAUGUGUAAGUUCAUCUGGUUUUAAAAAAAUCAAAUCUAAAAUAUUUUCGUUAUAAUGUUA